CUUUUCCUUUAUUUAAAUUAAAUUUUUUUUCUUUUUGGGGUUUUGGGAAUUAGCUUUCUUACUUUAUGAAUCAGUUCAUCAAAGGGCCUUUAAUUAAUCCCUGAUGUUGGUCGUGUAUUUUUCCCUUCGAAAUUUCGCGUUUAUUUGCAAUGUUUGACCUUAACUUGGAAAUUCCGGAAUUGGAUGUAUUUAUCUGACACCCACUUAUCAAUAGAUGGGAAUUAUUUUUUAAUAAUUCUGGUGACUGUGAGUGUUUUGAAUUUGUGAUUUCCGUGAAAUUUAUAGAGAGAGAAGUAUAUAGCUGCCUUUUAGUUUCUAAUUAUUUUUUGGAUUGUAAAAUUUUAAAGAUAUGAAUUUAAGGGCGUAAAGGAUUCUCCUCCUUGGUGGACUCGAAUGUUGAUCUUUAAAGCUACGAACUACUUAGGGUUUUCGAUUUUCCUAAUUUUUUCCAUUCGCCGCUCGAUCUUUCUUCCUCUAGUCGGUGAGUUCGCCUAAUUUCAUCUUCUGGGUUGCUUACUUUUCCUUCCUUAUUUAUUAUUAUUAUUUUUUUUUUUAAUUUUUGAGAUUUUUCAUGUUCUUUCCUCAAUUUUGAACUCUUUGAAGGUUGAAUUCCGAGGGCUCUUUCGCAUUCGGAGCCCAUCGGCAGAAGAAGACUGGUGUUGUUUUUUAUUUUUUUAUUUUUUUGUUUUCUGUAAUCCAAUCUUCUAUUCUUUCAAAACGGCUAAGUUCUCUCUGGGUCUCUAUUGAAUUGUGUGAUCAUAUUUGUGAAGGAGUUUCAUUUUCCUGGUUAGAAUUUUUUAAGAUAUAGCUAAUCUAGAGCUAGCAUUCCUUCAUAUCUCUCAAAGUCCAUUAAGUUUCAGUCAACUCUUUGAGAGACAGUGGCUUUAAAGUUAUGAGUUGAUGCUGGAGUCAAGGAUUUUAAACUCGCUGGAAGUUUGGUAUUUCAACUCUCCUGUAAGAAGCUGGAGAGAAUACAUUGGUAGAGAGGCUCCGUUGCUCUUAUAUAACGCCAAUGGUUUUUUAUUCCCAAGUUCCUGCUAGAUAUACUUGUAGGCUUCUUGCAAUCCCCUGCGGGAGUAUUCCUGAAGAUAAAUGUAAGAAGGAUAAUCCAGAGGAUCAGAAGAGAUAUCCCUUUCCACAAUUAAAUUCUUCUGGGCGUUUGGAGGUCCAGGUUUUGUCCAAUCCUAGUAAAGAUCAGUUUUGUAGGAUUAUUGAAUCAUAUAAACCAAACAUUGUUUACUUACAAGGGGAACAAAUCGAGAACGAUGAAGUUGGUUCUUUAGUAUGGGGAGGUGUUGAUUUGUCCACAGUAGAAGCGAUAAGUGGGCUCUUUAGUUAUCCGUUACCCACCACUGUAUAUUUGGAAAUAGCAAAGGGAGAUGAAGUAGCAGAUGCACUUCACUCCAAGGGUAUUCCUUAUGUCAUAUACUGGAGAAGCACAUUCUCUUGUUAUGCAGCAUGUCAUUUCCGUAAUGCAUUCUUUUCGGUUCUUCAGAGUUCAUCUGCUCACACAUGGGACGCAUUUCAACUUGCACAUGCUUCAUUUAGGAUGUAUUGCUUGAGAAACAACCUUAUUCUUCCUAACAGUAGUCAUGAAGAAGUUAGUGAAGAGCUGGGUCCACAUCUUCUAGGGGAACGCUUGAAAAUAAAUAUCGAACCCCUUGAGGCAGCUGAUGAUGAAGAAGGUUCACCGGAAAUUCCUUCUGUGAGCAUACUUGAUAAUGAUGUUGAAAUGAGAUUUCUUGUAUGUGGGGAGCCAGGCUCAUUGGAUGCUUAUGUAUUAGGAGCUCUGGAGGAUGGUCUUCACGCCCUAUUGGACAUUGAAAUUCGGGGCAGCAAACUUCACGGCAAGUUCAGUGCCCCUCCUCCACCUCUUCAGGCAGGAACACUCUCUAAUGGUGUUGUGACCAUGCGCUGUGAUAUAUCGACAUGCAGUUUUGCCCACAUCUCACUAUUGGUAUCAGGUAGUGCACAAGCUUGUUUUGAUGAUCAGCUAUUUGAAAAUUAUAUAAAGAAUGAGAUUAUAGACAGAGGCGAACUAGUGCAGACAUUAAUCGAUGGUGAAGGAAGUAAACACUUAUCUGAGCCACGAAAAUCUGUUUCAAUUGCUUGUGGCGCAACAGUUUUUGAAGUUAGCAUGAAGAUUCCUUCAUGGGCAUCUCAGAUUCUGAGGCAGUUGGCCCCUGAUGUUUCUUAUCGAAGUUUAGUGGUACUCGGCAUUGCUAGUAUCCAGGGUUUGUCUGUUGCUUCUUUUGAGAAGGAUGAUGCUGAACGCUUCCUUUUCUUCUCUUCAAGGAAGGAAAAAGAUUUAUUUCUGAGCAAUUUAACCGAUAGCACUCUCCCAAUCUGGUUGAAACCACCUGCUCCUAGAAAGAGAUCAAAAUAUAUGAAAGAUACAAGCCUUGGUUCUCAUGAUGUUAUUGAACAUCUGAAGGUUUCGUCUGGUAGGAGAAUAGAUAGUCCGAACAUGAAAAUAGGAUCAAGGAAUGGUUUUAGCACUCCCAUGUUUCCAUUCACUAGAAAGAGAGGCAUGAAAAUUGCUGCAAUGAGGCCCAUUCCUCAUGUUAAUCGCCAUAAGAUGAUCUCUUUUCAUGGGAUAGCUGAGACAGGUGGCAAUGGAAGCCUGAUUAAGGCUAGUGUUCCUUGUAAUCCCGCAAAACAUGUGACUGUAGGUUCAGCUUCAGUUUUGCAACAAAAAUUGUUUCCAAGUGCAUCUCAAUAUAAACAAAUCAUUCCCAUGAAUCCACUACCUUUGAAGAAGCACGGUUGUGGCAGAAGCCCAAUACAGGCUUGCUUUGAGGAGGAAUUUUUGAAGGAUUUGCUGCAGUUUUUAUCUCUUCGAGGUCACAAUCGACUUAUUCCUCCAGGUGGGCUUGCUGAGUUUCCAGAUGCAAUACUCAAUGGAAAGCGUCUUGACCUUUACAACCUAUACAAGGAGGUGGUUUCAAGAGGCGGCUUUCGUGUUGGAAAUGGCAUUAACUGGAAAGGACAGAUCUUCUCAAAGAUGCGCAAUUACACCAUGACCAAUAGAAUGACUGGUGUUGGAAACACGCUUAAAAGACAUUACGAGACUUAUCUUCUAGAGUAUGAAUUGGCACAUGAAGAUGUAGAUGGUGAAUGUUGCCUCUUGUGUCACAGUAGUGCAGCGGGGGACUGGGUGAACUGUGGCAUUUGUGGGGAGUGGGCUCACUUCGGUUGUGACAGAAGGCAGGGUCUUGGCGCAUUUAAGGAUUAUGCAAAAACUGAUGGAUUAGAAUACAUAUGUCCACACUGUAGUGUUGCUAAUUAUAAGAAGAAGAAAGUUGCAAAUGGGUUGUCUCCAGGCUUCUCCUCAAGACCAAUGUGAAGUUGAUUUGAUUUUGAGGUCAAAUUGGUCUCUGCCGACCUAUAACGAUAAGAGAACCAAACCGUUGCGGCCGUACAUAUAAAGCUCAAUUUCCUUAACUACGUGUAUUGCUGUGCUAUUAACCUAAAUCUACAAGUAUAUAUACAUAUAUAAUGUAUCCAGGAAAACAGAGAAAAGUCAAGCAGAAAACUAUUGAUUUUUUUUUUUUUUUUUGUAUUGUAGGAUGGGGUUGAGUAAUACUUAGGUAAUGCCUUAGGAUAUAGAAGGGGAAUGAAUACUACAGUUCUCCAACUUAGUUGAGGGCUAACUUAGAUUUUAUGUAGAAGAUGAUGAAUUGGACGAUCCACUUGAACUUACAUGUAAGCUCACCAUUUUCCCCCUUUUAACAAUCUUGUGUAUGCUUACAAUGUAAAGGUUUAUGCUUCUUAAUUA